GGGACCGACAAAACGAUUGAUGAUUCUCUUAUGAAAAUGGCCAUGUUUAUACCAUGGCUACAACUGCAUCGAGCUUUGCGCUCAGUUCGACUUGAUGUCUUGGAAUCCUUGACAAUCUUCACAAGUCCACGCACCUAAUUGCUCACAUCCGUAAACACACUUGUAAAGUUUAGCGCAAUUAAGUUUCGAGGAAUUCAAUUAGUAUGGGUAAGAGUGGGACUGCAAGUUCAUCAGUUCAGAUUAUUUUUCUACGUCUAAGCUGUGAGACUGAACAUUUUACCGUAGGUUAGUGGAUUCACUUUGAAAUCUUAUAAGAGCAUUUUUCAGAGUACAAAACCCAUAUGAGCGCAGGCUGUGAGAUUCGCAGUAAGGUUUAAACAGAGGACUUAAGUGAAUAUUUUGUAGGUGUGGAAGCGCAAGCUUCACUUGCAUCUGUGACAUCAACUUCAAUCAACAUGAAGCCAACGAGAUGCUGUGUCUCGAUAUGAAACUUAUGAACAAAUUCCGCGCGGAUAAACGUUCCCAAGGUAUUUCGGAAAUUUCUUCGAUUUCUACGACCUCUGCCAGAUCUUCUUCUAGACCGUGUCCGUCUCCAGAAUAUGGGUCGCCUGCAACAUCCAGCUCCUCAACUUCCAGGUCUAUUGGACCGGAGCAUGGAGCUCCCGCUCUACACAGCUUCUCGACUCUCAGGUCAUUUAGACCUUCUUCGGAGUAUUGGUCUUGCAAAGGGACUUUUGCUUCACCCAAAGGCCCUGUCCAAGCCCAUCCACAGUCCCCGCAAUACAGAGACUCCGACGAUCCCUCCAACAUUCAAGUCCCCAAAAGAGACAGAAGCAAAAGCCUGUGUGGUGAUCGCUUGAUACCGUUCGCUAUUUCCGAGAUUAAAUUUACAAUUGACGAGAUGCCAAUCGUAAGAAACAUGCCGCCUCCCAAAGCCAUCUUCGCUCGCCGCCAGUCAACUACCAAUGCACUGUCGGCAUCGAGCGACCUGAUCUCACGUCGAGGCGUCUUCAGCAGACGACACUAUGGCUCCGUUGAGAUG